UAAAUCUCUUGUUUCAGUUAAUUACUGUAAUUCUUUUAAUUAAAUGUAACCAAUUAAUGUUAAUCAAUGGAACGUAAACUGAGGUAACAUUUUGUUAGAAUUAAAUUUCAAAUAAACAGCCAAAAAGCCUCAAGUUUUUCUCUUGUAACAUUUGCCUGGUUAAUUAUGAUUCUUUUUUAUUUUAACUUGGUUCUCUUUGAUUGACUCUCACUGUUUUACUAUUUUGGUGAAUUUGUUGUUUUUUUCUCGGUCAAUAGGAAAUUAUCAUCGUCAUCAUGAAGUAUCAUGAAGGUAAUGAAUUGAAACCUGUGUUGACUGGUGAAAGCAAAAUGACCAACAGAUCAAAUGAAACCUUUGACCAGCAGCAAGUUUCAACAGCAACUGUCAAUUUGGGUAAAGAAGUUUUAACAAAUAGUAAAAAUAAUAAUAAUAAUAAUGAUGAUGAUGUCAAUUUACAAUUUAAUGGUACCAAUGGAUUACCUCGGAAAUUUGUUGAUGCCUUGAGGUCACUUUUCUCUCUGCUUGAUGAAUCUAAAUUAGGUUUUAUCAAAUUAUCUGAAUUAGAGAUGAGAUGGAAAACCAUUGAAAAUGAAUCUAAUGUGCCACAAGGUUUAAUUGAAUGUUUUCACUCUUUUCAAACUUCUCAUGAUUGUAUUGAUUUUGAUGGAUUUUGUCAUGCAAUUGCUGUUUGUAUUUCUCGUGACACAACUUCAAAUCAACCUUCACCAUCGUCUCCUCAUCAUCAUCAUCAUCAUCCAGGUUCAUUUUCAUCAUCAUCUCCUUCAUCAUCUUUAACCAUUACCACAACAACUACUGCAGCUUAUACCUCAUCAAUAUCAACAUCUAUUAACAAUGAGCUGAAAGGCGCGGCAGGUAACCCGGGAACAUCAACAGCCGAAAUUCUUGGAUCAUCAACAAUUAAUUCUAAUCAUGAAAUUGUAGGACCAAGAUCUGGACUUGAAAGGAUAAACUCAAGUUCUGAGAUGAUGAGAAAUAGUAGUACCAUUGACGAAUCAAUAAAUCUUAGACCCCAAGAAUUGUUGUAUCAACCUUUUACAGGUUAUCAUUUGUCAGCGGAAAAUGUAUCAACAACCUUGAAACCCUCAUCAUCUUCAGCAUUCACAACCUCAUUUAUACCCUCAGGAGUUACAACAUUUACGACAAACACUUCAUCAGCAAAGGCAACGACAACAACAACAACAACAACAACGACGACGACAACAACAACAACAACACUAACACCAACACCAACUCCAACAGGUAAAACAUCAUCUUGUGAAGAUAUUUGCAAUGAUGAAGUUUUACCAAAUCGUCCCUCAGAUUUUAGAUCUGAUCAUCGUGUUGUUAGCAUGCCACAAUUAAGGGAAAAUCGUCCACAUGCAAUUAACUUUGAUCAACCAGGAACAUCAUCAGAAACAAAUUUACCAAUUGUUGGUUCAACAGCUUUUAGACAAUACAAUAGUGAAGCAAAGAUUGGUUAUGAUGCUAAAAAUCAACGAGUACCAAUGAGAAACCGAAUUAUCAACAUUCUUAAAGAAUGGAAAAAUAAUGCCAUCCAUAGAUCUAAAAAUCCACCCUUACCUCCGUCAAUAGCUCUUGGCCCUGGAACCUCAAUCGCACCCAAUUUAGCCUCUAAUAUAACUUCAACUCUUGACAAAAGUGCACCAUCAACAUCGGCUCACAGCAACAAUAAUAAUAAUGUCGUUGGUUCAACAUCUCUGACAACCCAACCCAAAAUUUUACAAGAUGAUGACGAUUGGGGAUUCAGUUCAAAUUUUGGUUUACCAAGUAACAUUUCAGCUCGAACUCGUCAUGGUAAACGACGUGAAGCUCGUCGUCAUACAAUUACAACGGGUAUCGAUAUAAACACAAUUAAACGACUUCAGCAAUAUGAACAAGAGAAGGAGAUUCUCCUCCAAGGAUUGGAAAUGGUUGAGAGAGGUCGAGAUUGGUACAUUAAAAGUAUCAAUAAUAUUCAAAAUAAGAUUCGUUUUAUUGGACAAACAAUUGUCAAUCCGGGUGAUUAUUCAUUAGACGCUAAUCAAGAGAGAAUCAAUUUCCAGGCAACCCGUAUAUUGACAGUUAAUCAACACUUGGCUGCCCUCAUGGAUAAUUUAAGAGGUUUUCCGGUUCACAUGAAUCUCGCUUUAAGGCCACUUUUAACCAACACCUCUAAUAAUCUUGUUCGACCUCAAUAUCUUGAUGGUCGAUCAAAUGAAUCGUCAACCAAUGUAACUGUUCAACGACUCAAGGAACAGAAUCGUUUAUUAACCGAAGAGGUUAGUAUGAAGAGUGAUAAAAUAACCAUUUUAGAGAGAGAAAAAUCCGCUCUAAUUCGUGAACUAUUCCAAACUCGAUCAAGUUCAAUUCCAAAAACAGCCGAUGACAUGGAAGACAAUACAUUCAUGCCAGAGAUCCAAUGGGGAAUAAUUAAUUUUGUUUAUCAAAUGGGUACCCUUGGUAAAUUGAGUGAAGAAGCUUUAACUCGUCCACCCGAGGAAGUUUUCGAUAUAAUUUGUAAAUUAGGUGAAGGUUCAUAUGGAGCAGUUUACAAAGCUCUACACAAGGAAUCUGGACAAGUUUUAGCAAUCAAACAAGUGCCUGUUGAAAGUGAUCUUGGAGAGAUAAUUAAAGAAAUAUUUAUCAUGCAACAAUGUGAUUCACCUUAUGUGGUAAAAUACUAUGGAAGUUAUUUCAAAGGUAAAAGCCAAGGAAGUGAUCUAUGGAUUGUGAUGGAGUAUUGUGGAGGUGGAAGUGUAAGCGAUAUAAUGAGAUUGAGAAAGAAAACUCUUUCAGAGGAAGAAAUCGCCACCAUAUUGAAAGACACUCUUCUUGGUUUAGAGUAUCUUCAUGCUCGUCGUAAGAUUCAUCGAGAUAUAAAAGCAGGUAAUAUCCUUUUAAACAGCGAAGGACAUGCCAAGUUAGCCGAUUUCGGUGUAGCAGGUCAACUUACCGAUACAAUGGCUAAGCGUAACACCGUAAUUGGGACACCAUUUUGGAUGGCACCUGAGGUUAUCCAAGAGAUUGGUUAUGAUUGUUUAGCUGAUAUUUGGUCACUUGGAGUGACAGCUCUUGAAAUGGCUGAAGGUAAACCACCUUAUGGAGAUAUUCAUCCGAUGAGAGCCAUUUUCAUGAUCCCAACUAAACCGCCGCCGUCUUUUCGUGACCCUGAUCGUUGGUCAACUGAAUUUAUUGAUUUUGUUUCACGUUGUUUGGUAAAAAAUCCAGAACAUCGAGCCUCAGCAAGUAGUUUACUUCAGCACGAGUUUAUUAAUAAAGCUUUACCGGUUAGCACAUUAAUCCAUAUGAUACAAGAAGCCAAUAUGAUUCAAAAAGAGCAAUUUAAACAAGGUUGGAUCGGAGAUGAAGAUAUUACAAUCGUUCAAGUUCAAUAUGAACAAUUUAAAAAGACACUGAAACGGCUUAAAGAUCAAAUGAAACGGAUUAGCGACUAAAAAGAUUAAGAAUAUUUUUUAAAAUUCAAGUGAAACGUUUUAAAGGUGAUCAGAAACAAUUUAAAAAGUAUUUCAUUUUCUCUAUGAGAUUUGUAUAGAACCAGCUAAUGUCCAAGAAAUUUGUAAAUCAAUGAAAAUCACCUCUUACAAUUA